UAAUGUCUGAAUUAGAAGAGCUCCAACACGAUUUAGCUGAAAUAUAAUAAGUUAUUACAACCCUUAAACGCAAAUCCAAUGUUGAUUAUUUAAAUAAUAGAAUCAAAUAUCUAGAGAACUCUAUUAAAAUACUAACACCAUAAAAAGUUGAAUAACCACAAUAACAACAAUAAUAAUAGAAAGAAUAGGAUAAUCUCUAAUAUCAAGGAAUUACAAAGUAUGCUUGGGAUUAAGAGGGGAAUAAAGUCAAAGUAUUUUUGAAUUUGGAAGGAAUAGGAUAAUUGCCUAAAGAAAAUAUUAAUUCAUAAUUUACAUCAAAUAGUGUAGAUGUAAAAGUUAAAGGCUAUAAAGGUCUUAAUCACAGGUUAAAGAUGAUGAAAUAAUUUUAGAUUUUCAAUUAAGAAAACAUUUGAUGAGUUGAAAGAUAAGGAUUGUUCAAUCAAAGUAACCAACAAUUCAAUAGUCAUUAAUUUAAUUAAGAAAGACUAAAAGAAUUGGGAUUAAUUGAAUUUUAAGGAGAAAUUAGUAAAUUAUGAUCAAUAUGCAGAUUGAUACAGACCCAUCUAAGGUAGACAAAUAGGAUCCAUAGGCAUCAUUAAUGAAUAUGAUGAAAGAGAUGUAUUAGAAUGGAGAUGAUGAUAUGAAACGAACUAUAGCAUAAGCUUGGUCUAAAUCAUAGACAGAAAAAGGGUUAUAAUGAGU